CAAAAUAUGUUUUGCAUGAUUUAUUCAUAUCCCAAUGAUUUAACUCCUUCACUGCAUCUAAUAAGGUAUAUAGAUACUAAUUACGGGACAUUUAGGAAUUAAGUGACUAGACCAAAGCAAGCAUGUUUGAGAUUUUAAUGAUUUUAAAUAAAUUACCAUUUCAUUAUUUGCUUUUAGACAUUCAAUCAGUUUUAUUUGUCCAACAAACCAUAUUCACAAAUUGUUCAAUCCAACGAAGAUUAGGGGAUAAGCUAAGAGACCCCUCCAUUUGUCCGUCCAUCCAUCCUUCAACUAGACAACAGCAACACCAAAGUGUAGCAAAUCCCAUCGAACAGCCAUGGCUGGCAUUUUUUUACAAACAAAGUAUACAGCAAAAAUGGCAGCCAUUUUUCAAAAUGGCCACCUUCUACCAAAAGUGUCAUUAGACAGUGUGCCACGCUUAUAGUAUUCACGCAUCAAAUAUGAACAAAAUCGCUCUACUACUUUUCGAGUUAUAGUAAAAUACGUUAAAAUGACGGCCAUUUUUCAAAAUGGCUGCCUUCUACCUAAAGUGUCAUUAGACAGUGUGCCAUGCUUAUAGUAUUCAUAUACCAAAUAUGAACAAAAUCGCUCGACUACUUUUCGAGUUACAGCAAAAAUCGUAAAAUAACGAGUAAAGGCCGCCAUAGUUCAAUUCUUUGAAGCAAAUGAUUCUAAAAGUACAACAUAUCUUUGAAAAAAUAUCAUUCUGUUAAGUGAAAUUGUAAAAAAUAUUUUGCAGUGUGUGAAAUUGAAUUAAAGCACAUGAUUCAAUGAAUAGUGGAUGCUUCAAUUCACUUAUGUCUUCUAGUCUAGGCUUUGAAUUUGGACUACCACCCUCGUUCAUAGUCUAGAAUCAGGACAUAUGUUAAAUUUAAUCAUCUACAAUGCAUUGAGUCAUUGGCUUAAAUCCUAUAAUAUAAUAUGCCUAUC